CAUUUCACUCCACGCCGUAGGUGAUUAGAGGACGCUGAACUAUCAGGGCGACGCCGUUUUUGGACACUCCCCGCGGCCGGAGUACGCCGAGCUCUCAAGUCGGUCCCGGAGCUCCAUUCAACAGUGCCGAGAGCCACGUUCAAGCUCCAAGACUCGAGUUUCCACUUGUAGGCAGCCCCGGAACGGAGCCGCUCCGGAUUUGGACUGCAGUCAUUUCUUCGCGGUGCUAGUUUUCUACGGAAAAUUGGAUUUGGGGAGAGAGGAAGCGACUUUGGAAGAGUUAACCGGGCGAAACCAGCAGCCAAAAUGGAGGUGAAAACGUCACUUCUAGACAACAUGAUUGGGGUGGGUGACAUGGUCCUCCUGGAACCUUUGUCGGAAGACUCCUUCCUCGAGAACCUGAGAAAGCGCUUUGACCACAAUGAGAUCUACACUUACAUUGGCAGUGUGGUCAUCUCCGUGAACCCCUACAGGUCGCUGCCCAUCUACAGCCCUGAGAAAGUGGAAGAGUAUCGCAACAGAAACUUCUACGAACUUAGUCCACACAUUUACGCUUUGGCAGAUGAGGCCUACAGGUCACUCAGAGACCAGGACAAGGACCAGUGUAUACUCAUUACAGGGGAGAGCGGAGCGGGGAAGACUGAGGCCAGUAAGCUGGUGAUGUCAUACGUGGCAGCGGUGUGUGGGAAGGGCCAGGAGGUCAAUAAGGUCAAGGAACAGUUGCUACAGUCCAAUCCUGUGCUGGAAGCCUUCGGAAAUGCCAAGACGGUGCGGAAUGACAACUCGUCCAGAUUUGGAAAGUACAUGGACAUCGAGUUUGACUUCAAAGGAGAUCCUCUCGGUGGAGUCAUCAGCAACUAUCUGCUGGAGAAGUCCCGUGUGGUGAAACAGCCGCGAGGGGAGAGGAACUUCCACAUCUUUUAUCAGCUCCUGUCCGGCGCUUCUGAUGAUACGCUCAAGAAACUGAAGCUAAACCGGGACUUCAGCAAGUACAACUACUUGAGCCUCGAUUCCGCUGUGGUCACCGGCCUCGACGACGCCGCCAGCUUUAGGACGGUCAAAAACGCGAUGCAGAUUGUGGGCUUCAUGGAGGACGAGGUGCAGUCGGUGCUGGAGCUGGUGGCGGCUGUCCUGAAGCUCGGCAACAUCGAGUUCAAGCCCGAGUCGCGGUGCAACGGCGCCGACGAGAGCCGCGUGAAAGAUAAAAACGAUUUAAAAGAGAUGUGCGAGCUGCUGGGGAUCGAGCAGACGGUGCUGGAAAGGGCCUUCAGCUACCGCACGGUUGAGGCCAAAUUGGAGAAGGUGUCGACCACCUUGAAUGUGGCCCAGGCCUACUAUGCUCGAGAUGCCCUUGCCAAAAAUCUCUACAUCCGUCUGUUUAGCUGGCUCGUUACUCGGAUCAAUGAAAGCAUCAAAGCACAAACUAAAAGCCGCCACAAGGUCAUGGGCGUGCUGGACAUCUACGGCUUCGAGAUAUUCGAGGACAACAGCUUUGAGCAGUUCAUCAUCAACUAUUGCAAUGAGAAGCUGCAGCAGAUCUUCAUCGAGCUCACCCUGCGCGAGGAGCAGGAGGAGUACGUCAGAGAGGGCAUCGAGUGGACCAACAUUGAAUACUUCAACAAUGCCAUUAUCUGCGACCUCAUUGAGAAUAACCAAAAUGGCAUCAUGGCCAUGUUGGAUGAGGAGUGCCUGCGUCCCGGCACGGUGACGGACGAGACCUUCCUGGACAAGCUGAACACCGUCUGCGCCGAGCACCAGCACUUUGAGAGCCGCCUGAGCAAGAAUUCAAAGUUCCUCAACGACCACAGCUUGCCGCACAGUUGCUUCCGCAUCCAGCACUACGCCGGCAAGGUGCUGUACUGCGUCGAAGGCUUUGUGGACAAGAACAACGACCUCCUGUAUCGCGACUUGUCCCAAGCCAUGUUUAAAGCCAACCACAGUCUGAUCAAGCAGCUGUUCCCGGAGGGCAACCCGGCCAAAGUCAACCUGAAGAGACCGCCCACUGCUGGCUUCCAGUUCAAAGCAUCAGUGGGCACGCUCAUGAAGAACCUGCAGACCAAGAACCCCAACUACAUCCGGUGCAUCAAGCCCAAUGACAAGAAGGCAGCCCACAUCUUCACCGAGUCGCUCGUUUGCCAUCAAGUGCGCUACUUGGGCCUGAUGGAGAACGUCCGCGUGAGACGAGCCGGCUACGCCUUCCGACAGCUUUACGGGCCCUGCCUGGAGCGCUACAAAAUGCUCUGCAAACGGACCUGGCCGCAUUGGAGAGGGCCCGAAAGGGAGGGUGUCGAAGUCCUCAUGGCCGAUCUUCAGGUUCCCACCGAAGAAUUCUCCUACGGCCGCUCCAAAAUCUUCAUCAGAAAUCCACGAACGCUGUUUUUCUUAGAGGAAAGGCGGCGGCAGUGCCUGCAGGACCUGGCCACGCUCAUUCAGAAAAUCUACCGUGGCUGGAAGUGCCGCACUCAUUUCUUGUUGCUGAAAAAGAGUCAGAUUGUGGUCGCCGCGUGGUACCGGCGCUACGCACAACAAAAGAAAUACCAGAAGAUCAAAAGCGCCACCACCGUGGUGCAGUCGUACACGCGGGGAUGGCAGGCUCGCAAACUGCUGAGAGAACUGAAACAUCAGAAAAGGUGCGAGGAGGCGGCGAGCACCAUCGCGGCGUACUGGCACGGCGCUCAGGCUCGAAUGGAGCUGCAACGUCUAAAACGAGAAGUGCGGAAUAAACGUGCUGUGACAGUAAUUUGGGCGUACUGGCAGGGAACAAAGGCGCGGAGGGAGUUGCGUCGACUGAAGGAGGAGGCGAGGAAUAGACGCGCCGUGUCGGUCAUUUGGGCCGGCUGGCAGGGCACCAAGGCUCGCAGGGAGCUGAGAAGACUGAAAGAAGAGGCCCGACGUAAGCAUGCUGUCGCUGUGAUUUGGGCCUGCUGGCAGGGACUCAAGGUCCGCAGGGAAUACAGGAAAUUUUUCAGGGCCAACGCGGGGAAAAAGAUUUACAACUUCACCAUCCAAAGAAUCAUGCAGAAAUACUUCCUGGCUCUGAGGAGGACCUUGCCUUCCAUGUCCCCCAUUGACAAGAGCUGGCCCGCCCGGCCCUACCGCUUCCUGGAUGCGGCUCACGCGGAGCUGCGCGCCAUCUUCCACCUUUGGAGGUGCAAGAAAUACCGAAGCCAGUUCACCGAGGAGAAGAAGGCCGUCUAUGAAGAGAAGCUGGAGGCAAGCGAGCUGUUCAAGGAUAAAAAGUCCCUCUACCCGAGCAGCGUGAGCCAGCCCUUCAAAGGAGACUACCUGGAGAUCAGCAAGAACCCCAAGUAUCACAAGCUCAGCAGUUGCGUGGAGGAAAAGGUUCUGCUGGCCGACGUGGUCAACAAGAUCAACAGGGCCAACGGCAAAGGCGCCAGUCGCAUUCUGCUGCUGACCAAGAAGAACGUGCUGCUGGCCGACCAGAAGACGGGCCAAGUGAAGGCCAGCGUGGCCCUGCCCGAUCUCGCCAGCGUGUCGGUCAGCACGCAGAACGACGGCUUCUUUGCGCUCAAGCUCAGAGAGGGCUCGGCCUCGGCCGUCAAAGGAGACUUUUUACUCAGCAGUGAGCACCUGAUCGAGACCAUCACCAAACUCCACCACAUCGGCUCCACCGCCUCGGACGACGGCGUGCGGCUCAACGUCGACAUCACCGAUGAGUUUCUGGUCCAGUUCAAGCAGGACAAAGUGUGCGUUAAGUUCAUCCAAGGAGCCCCCAAGAACGGCAACGGCGCGUCCUGCAAGCGCAAAAACAACCGCUUGCUGGAGGUGUCGGUCCCCGCCACAGCAUAGCCCAAAUCGGGGGAUUGUGCUGGAUGAAGGACCGACGCCCGGCAGCGUCCACCCGCCGAGUGACACGCGGCGCUUAUUUGGCUCUUUUUCUUCCCUUUUCGUCAAACUUGCUCAGGCGCCAUCACAGCUCGAAAAACACUUUGUGCCAUUUUUGGCGGCCGAGAAAACGUGCCGCAGAAAUUUGGGUUCAUCGGCGUCGGAAGACGGGAAAAUAAUUGGUUGCGAGCGGCGGCGGCGGCGGCGAUGUGGACAGCGGUAAGAUAAGCAAGUCGGAGCCCCGACUGGCCCUCGACUGGUCCGCUUUUAAGCCGCCUCAAGCGGCUCGGCUUAAAAGGGGCCAUGACGUGUGGGAGCUGUCGGGUCGGCAACUUGAAAUACUGCACUUGCUUUUAUACUUUGAUAGAACCAAAAAGAAAAAAAAAAAAAAAAAAGAUUGUCAGCUGUGUCUUCUGGCGACUUCCUGAAAAGAAAAAAAAAACGACGUGUGGGCUGUUGAAUUGUGAGAUUGUUGUACAACUUGUUUUGAUUUUUUUUUUUAAUUCAUAAUUCCGACGUGCCAAUGACUUGUCGUGUGUUGGUGUACAUGCAGAGAAAUGUAGAGACCGGGCCCCCCCCUUGUACUUAUCAUUGCCAAAGAAAAAAUCAUCAUCAUUUGGUGAUGGGGGGGCCGUAAUCGGCAUGUGGAUGCUGCACAUGUGAUUUUUUUUUUUUUAUUAUUUCCUCUCUAGUAUAGCCAGUGUGAUCCAUGCCAAGCUUUAUUUAAUCUGCAAAAGUACAAAAGCGACGAUAAACUACCGAGAAUCAUGAGAUGGUACCUCAACGUUCCGAGCUGGCUUGAUUCCACUUCCGGGCUUUUCUGUUUCUCCUGUGCAAUAUUAUUUCGUUGUGUUUUUUUUUUUUUCCCUCUCUCUCUCAGCUAAGCAGUUAAGCUGUGUGGCCUUUGCAUGGACUUUCUUCCUCGGAUAUCCUCAUUUGUACAAAUUUGUGAAAUUGCAGCUUUUCCAGCUAGAUCUUCUUUGCAGAGAAUAACCAAACGCUGAGCACAUGUUUGAUGAUUUGCAGGCCGUUUGAUCAGGGUUUUUUUUUUUUUUUUUUGUUCCCAGCUUUUCGGGGAAUAUGAUAUUGAAACAAAAGGAGUUGUUGACGUGAUUAUUGAUAUUUAGCGGUGAGGGAAAAAAAAAAUGUGCUUCAGUGGAGUCGUGUUUCAAAGUACCUUAGCUUUUGUGGUGUGUACUUUUCAAUGUCACCUUUGACACGGAGACUACUGCUUGCGAACACUUGUUCCCUUUUUUUGGGGGACGUGCAGUUUUCAAUGCACCUUUUUUGCUUACUCACAUUUUCUUCCCUGGUGUCUUGUUGGCUUACAGCAGCUUUUGUGCCUAACAUGAAGAAAACAAAACUAUUUGUUUCCUGAGACAGAACACAGAAAUGUUCCAAUGUAACAGAUACAAUCAAUCUUUUUUUUUUUUAAUGAAAUAAAGAUCAGUCAUAAAUAAAA